AUGGCGCCGACAGCACCCCCCGUUCUCGAUUUCUCCCCAUUCUAUGAUAGCGACAGCGAGGCCAAGACCCAUCUCGUCGAACAGAUCCGCCAAUGUUGUCUCCAUAAUGGUUUCUUCCAGGUGACGGGCCACCGCGUGCCACGCGAGCUUCAGCUGCGCGUCAUGAACUGCGCCAAGCGCUUCUUCGAUCUUCCACUCGAAGAGAAGACAAAAAUUGACAAAGACCGCACCUCGUUCAACCGCGGCUACGAACUUCUCGAGUCCCAGAUCCUCGAGCUCGGUACCCGUCCCGACAAGAAAGAGGGCCUCUACAUCGGCGAGGAGAUCCCGGAAGAUCAUCCGUACUUCGUGAACAAGAAGCUCAACAGUGGGCCCAAUCAGUGGCCCGAGACGGUCCCCGACCCAGAGGAAUUCCGGCGCACCUCGAUGGAAUACUACCAUGCAGUUUUUGAGCUGGCCAAGGAUGUGCUCGCCACAUUGGCGCUGACCCUCAAGGUCGAGCCGACGUUUUUCGAUCCGAUGACGAACGGUGCGGUCGCGACCAUGAGAUACUUGCAUUAUCCAGCGCAGCCCAAGGAUGACGACGACAAGUUGACCCGUGGGAUUGGUGCCCACACUGAUUUUGGAACUGUAACCUUGCUGCUGCAGGAUGAGGUGGACGGCUUGCAAGUGCUGGAUGUGCCAACGGGGCAGUGGCUAGAUGUCAAACCUGUCCCCGGUGCCUACGUCGUGAACCUGGGUAACCUGUUCAUGCGUAUGGCCAACGACAAGUACAAGUCGAAUAUUCAUCGCGUCAUCAACAAGUCGGGCCGUGAGCGAUACUCGAUUCCCUUGUUCUUUAGCGGUAAUCCGGACUAUGUCUGUCAGUGUCUGCCAAAUAUUCGGGGCGAAGGCGAAGAGCCCAAGUAUCCUCCCAUCACGGUGGAAGAGAUGGUGACAGCCUCGUAUAAGGAGAGCUAUGGACGGGCGGAUAGGUACAAGGAGGACCUCGAAACGAAAGCAAACAACCGCAUGAUGCAGACGGUGGCCACGACUACUGUUGGAGCGUAA